AUCGUUUUGGGCCGAGGCGCACUUGACCAUGGAAAGGAGUCGGCAAACCAACCACUUCGCCGUCGCGACUCGAGAGUAAAGGAGUGGGAGGUGAGCCGGCGAAGAGAGAGCGAAAUCUGUGUUCAUCGAUCGGUGGUCAAAUUCGGUAGUGAAGGUGAUCUGUAACAGAUUCACCAGCUGAUCGUUCGUAGAUGGAUUGAGUGGAUUCACCGACAAGCACUCUUCAUCUUUCCGCCCUCGACGCAGAUCUCUCUAUCCGUGCUUGUUUCCAUCGACCUGCGUGAUAAGUAUUCAGUGAAGUUUCAUGUGUUUCUUGAUUGUGCUUUAGGGUUUUGGGUUGAGGUUGACAGUGCCUUGUCUUUAACCGGUGAGUUUUAUGUCCUUUUCCCCCAAUAAAUCAGGUUUCUUCAAAUCUAUUCGGGUGACUAACUGUCUCAAUAAGUAGAAUUUCAUCCUGUUAUUGUGAACAAGUAUGAUUUCCAUCAUAUAUGUUCACACUAGUGGUUGAAGACUUUUUUACGUCUUCUAUUGUGACCUAACAAAAUAUGCACAAUAUUAGAUUACCCUUUUUCAGAUUUAUCAAAUGUUUUGUUCAUUAAAUGUUAGAAAGGAUUACUUCGUAUGCUUUCCCCCCUCUUGGAUUAUUAGUAUGGUCGACUCUUUCAAGGCUGGAGCUAUAGGUCAAUACUCCAAAAGUUACUGAUUGUAGUAGGAUGAUCACUUAACAGCUUAUCCGAGGGAAUGAACAAGCGUACUCAGGAUUGACAUUUUUGUACCAAAGAUCACAAUGUUAUAUACCAGUGAGAUUUCCAGUAAAUGGAGUUUUCUUGUUGUUAUUGUUUUGCUAUUUCUUCAUAGAGAAAAUGUUGUUUGUCAUUUCCUGGUAUUCUGUAAAUUGAAUUGUAGAAUUAAUCAAACUCUCUUUGUUUAUUUCGUUACUUGCCCUCAUGUAUUUUUCUUAUAACUAUUUUGUCUGGAUAUUGUAGGCACUUGUGUAAUUUGGCUGACUCAAUGGCUGUUUAUCAUUCUUCAUCAACUAACAAUGAUAGAGUUGGCGUGCUUGAGAUUUGUCUCAAAGACAUACUUAUCGAGAUUAAGCCAGUGGAGAGUCAUAGAGUUGAACGGAUUAAUGCAAUUCGUCAAUUGGAAGAAUGUCUUAGAGGUUUGCUAGUCUUUCGAGGUGUUGUGGUGUCAUUGAAGCCAUUUGGAUCCUUUGUCUCCAACCUUUACACCAAAUGGGGUGACCUAGAUGUAUCAGUUCAGAUUGAUAACACCCCACCAAACAGUAUAAGCAGAAAUACAAAAAGAUAUUACCUCAAGAAUAUACUGCAUGCUUUGCGAAGAACUGGUCUUGCUCGGAAUACCCAGUACAUUCCAAAUGCAAGAGUCCCUCUCCUUAAAUACAUUAGCAGGCACCAUAAUAUUUCUUUUGAUGUCUCCAUUAACAACCAUUUCGGUGUAAUGAAGUCCAGCAUUCUCAAAUGGCUCUCUGAAAUAGAUGAUCGUUUCCGUGACAUGGUUUUAGUGACGAAAGAGUGGGCCAAAGCACAAAAUAUCAACGAUGCAAAGUCUGGGACUUUAAAUUCCUACUCACUUUGUCUGUUGGUUAUCUUUCAUUUUCAGACGUGUGAUCCACCAAUUUUACCACCCCUGCGAGUGAUCUGUGAAGGAAGCAUUUCCAAUCAAGAAUGGAGCAGCUUUUCUGAGAGGCAUGUUGAGGAUGUGUGUUCUGCAAAUAUACAGAGGUUCAGAUCCAGGAGACGUGUUAACAAAAGCUCCCUUGCCCAACUUUUGGUGUCCUUUUUCGACAAGUUGUCAGGUAUUGGAAAUUCAGCUUCAGAGUAUAGCAUCUCCACGUUUGAAGGACGAUUGGAAAGCAUCACCGGUGGAUUGAGAUCGCCCCUCAUUAUAGAGGAUCCUUUCGAGCGAUCUGAAAAUGCUGCCAGAACUGUCCGCGUGCUAGAACUACAUAAAAUAUCGAAUGCCUUCCGCGAUGCACAUGACAAGCUCUCUUCUAGUUUGGUGCUUUCUGAUCGUGACUCCUUGAUUUUUCUUUUAACUCGUCCUAUCCUGGCUUCUAGGCUUAGAGACCAGCAACCGGUGACAAAUUACAAUACCAGGAGCCAGCAUUCCAAUUUUGCUACAAUUGGUGUCCUUGAGCGUCAGUUUGAGAACACGGUGAGGCUGGAUAGGAUGCAUUCUCAGGCCUCCACUUCAGUUGCUAGCAUCCGACCGACAUAUCGUAACUUCUAAGUGCGUAUUUUUCUGUUUUUGGCUUGACUGUGACUGGCUUGUUAGUGUUGCUGCAUUUGGUGUUAAAUUAUGUGAUAUCAAGAUUGUAGAAAUUGAGCCAGAUUUAGCUAACAUUGUAUUUCUUAAGAUGUUUGAACAUAGUUCUUAACACUCUUGGUUGGUUGGUCUGUCGGUGCCAACCAGCUUGGUCUGGGCCUGGGUUCAGUGUUUCAUGGAGGUUUCCGUACUAGGUUCACAAGUUCUGCGGUAAUUUCAUCGUCUUUUUCCAA